ACCUGGAAAACUGUCUUCGUUGGGGUAACAGGGCAAAAAGCUGCGUUUAUCGUGCUACAACUUCCGACUUGAGGACGGGCCGAAGCUGCGCGGACAAGAUUUUACCCCAAGGAAAUCGAAGAACGUAGGGAUUGCUCAAGGAAUAUAUUUUUAGCCGUCUCUACGUCCUGCAGCAGCGGUCCCAUGGUGUAAUGGUUAGCACUUUGGACUUUGAAUCCAGCGAUCCGAGUUCAAAUCUCGGUGGGACCUGACCGGUACUCUUUUCAAGAUGUACGCUCUUUUCUGGACUAGUCUAAUUCAAGUGUGUUUCGGAGGAAAUGUGUGGAUAAAAGUUCAUGUCCAACAAGAAUUAGGACCCUUGACAAAGUUUUGGACGAGCACAGGGUUUACAUUUCCAAGAGGUUUGUCUCCAAGUCAUGAUACAAAGUCGUUUUACCUAUCGUCGAAUGUCAAGUUGAAUUUGGCUCUCAUUGGAUCGUUGCCAAAUCGUGGCAUAGAACAGGUUCGAAUCCAUUGGCUUUUAAAUUUGAUCGAAUUUCGGGAUGCUGUGAAUUUCGAAUCCUUGGACAUCUUGGUUCAUCAUCUUUGGGAUUAUGACCUCAAACCUGGUUUUGAGAUGAUGGGAAACCCUGGAGGCCACUUCACCGAUUUUGAAGAGCAAACCCAAAUCAUAACAUGGAAAUGGAUGGUUGAAAAGUUAGCCAAGCAUUACAUCCAGCGUUAUGGCCUCAACGAAGUCUCGCAAUGGAAUUUCGAAACAUGGAACGAGCCUGACCACCACGACUUUGACGGCUUAACGUUUACGGUCCAAGGGUACUUGAACUACUUCGAUGCCACUUUCCAAGGCCUUAAAGAUGUAAGCAAGCACGUGAAAAUAGGUGGACCAGGAGGGUCUUGCCGAGAGCCACAUUUUAUCACACUUUGCCAUGCACUUCUGGUUCACAGCCAAAACGGGACGAAUAUUGUGAGCGGCAAAAAAGGCGGCUCAAAACUUGACUUUAUUUCGUUCCAUCAGAAGGGUGACCAAAAUUCGCGGAAUGUUGUACAAUCAACAGUCAAGAAGAUAAGCGAGAUCCAGUUGUUAGUGCCCGAGCUGACCAAGGACUUGCCAUUUUUUAAUGAUGAGGGCGAUCCUGAAAAGGGUUGGUGGAAAUCAAGGUCGUGGCGUGCAGAUGUCAGAUACCCUGCCUCCGUUGCCUCCAAUAUUCUUGGACUGCAAGAGAUAUUCAUGCACACCAACACAACCCGUUUGGCGAUCUUAUCCAACGACAAUGCCUUCCUUAAUGUUCCACCUAGUUUCUUCGAACAGAGGACACUAUUAACUCGGUUUUCUACCAACAACCAGUCAAGGACCGAACUUUUUGACGCCUUUGUGCAAAAGCCGGUUUUUAACCUAAUGGCAAUGCUAGCUCUUCUCGGAGAUCAAGUGGUUCAAGUUGAAAGUAGUGAAAGUGCACAUGGUGUUCAAGCCUUGGCAACGAAAUCACUAAUGGGAUAUGUGAUUUUGUUGGUGAGAAACGACGAAUGCAAUGCAACCAAGGCUAUUCCUUAUCUCCCAGUACGUCUACUGGUCCCUGCAUUAACCCUAACGAACCAUGCUGGUUUGGCGUCCAAGUUUGUGAUUUACAAGCUCACCAAUGUCAAUACCAAUCCAUACCACCUUUGGCAAACAAUGGGGAGUCCGGAAAGGCCAACCGAAGACCAACUUAGACGAUUAAGAAUAGAGGGAUCUUUGAAGCGGGGAACCAUUCGUGACUUGCGGAAGAAACGUUUUCGGGUUGUGCUUCCCAAUCCCGGAAUCAAGCUACUAAUCGUAUGUCAAUACACUGAAAGUUCUGAACCAGAGCAACCCACCAAGCUGAGAUUCUAUGCCGAAUCUUCUGGUGCUUUAACUAUUACCUGGCGAUAUUCAGGAGGCCACAGUGACCACGCGUGCUUGAAGGGAUUCCAAGUGUAUUUCUCCCACGAUUACCUGGGGGAUUACAAGUCUCUAAUUGACGAAGAGAGAUUGAGCGCCAUGAAUUUUGUGCAACUUCACGGCAAGGCCACCAACUUCCGGGGUUGGUUUCAGGUCAUCGCCAUUGAUUUGUGGAAUCGCCGUGGCCCAAGCUCAGUGCACUUCUAUAAUCAGAUCGUUUGAUUCAC